AUGGCGGAAGACCGAGGGGGCGGGAUUGACAUUGAUGGGUCCACUCGACUCGCCAUGACCCAAGGAUUCAGGGGAAAAAAGAUCAUGAGCCUAGGUCAAGCGGUUGCCUGGAAGUCGGGGAAGAGCGCUGGCAUCCCUGGGGCCUUGAGCUUAGCUCCAGGGACCGAGUCUCACUGGGGGAAGCUUCCCUUGGGCCUGGAGCUCAGCCAGGGCCUGGAGUAUUCCGUUUACUGUGAUGAUGCACAAUUUCUUUAUACCAUUCCUAUGCUGGUUAAAAGCUCCAAUAGUCCCCCAGACCUGAUUCUUUCUGAAUUUGUUGUAACUGCCCAAAGGAACAUGGGCAAGGCAAAUGGAACACUGUUUCUGCUGCUGCUUCUGACUGAAAUCUCUACUAGGCCGUGUACAGCAGUAUGCAGCCUUCUGGGUCAGCUAGCACUACCACUCCUGUCUGUAGAGAGAGACUUUAACAUUGGAGCAGUUUUUUCCAUUCACAGAGUGGCACAGCUGAACAGACAUCCUUUUACUUCUAGACCACAGCCAGCAACAUGCAUCAGUCUGAAUUUACGUGAAUUCCAGUUUGCUCAGACUGUGAUCUUUGCCAUAGAGGAGAUAAACAACAGCACACUGAUUCUCCCAGGUGUCUCUCUGGGCUAUAAGAUAUAUGAUGCCUGUGGUUCCAUAGACCAGGCAAUACGUGCAGGCAUGGCAUUAAUGAACGGUCAUUCUGAGACUCUUAGUGACACGUCCUGCUCCAGCUCUCCUUUUGUGCAGGCAAUUAUCGGGGAGUCCAGCUCCUCUCCGACUAUUGGCAUAGCAUCUGUGGUUGGACCUUUCAGCAUACCUUUGAUCAGUCACUUUGCCACAUGUGCAUGCCUGAGCAAUCGAAAGAGAUUCCCCACCUUCUUCAGAACCAUUCCUAGCGAUUACUACCAGAGCAUUGCUCUGGCCCAACUCGUCAAGCACUUUGGCUGGACCUGGGUGGGAACAGUCAGAAGCCGCAAUGAUUAUGGGAACAAUGGCAUAGCCAUCUUUGAAGAGGUAGCACAACAUGAAGGCAUUUGUGUUGAGUACUCAGAAGCCAUCUUCAGGACUGAUCCAAGAAAGGAGCUACUGAAGACUGUGGAGGUGAUGAAAAGGGCCACUGCCAGAGUCGUGGUGGCAUUUCUGGCUCUUGGUGACAUCAUCCCACUGCUAACAGAGCUGGCCCUGCAGAAUGUCACAGAUAUACAGUGGGUGGGCAGUGAAUCCUGGAUCACCUCACGAGGCCUUGCUGAGACAGCAGAGUACAGCUUCCUCAUAGGUGCUGUUGGCUUUGCCAUAAGAAACGCAAAACUGGAGGGUUUAUGGGAGUUCCUGACUAAAGUGCAUCCUGAUCAAUCUCCACAUAAUGCUCUCCUGAGAGAGUUCUGGGAGACAGCUUUUCAGUGCACCUUUAAAGACAGCCAAAGAGGCAGUGUGCUGUGUACAGGGUCAGAGAGUUUAGCUGAACUGAAAAACCAGUACACUGACACAUCAGAGUUGAGCAUGGCAAACAAAGUGUACACAGGAGUGUAUUCUGUUGCACAUGCUUUACAUCAUUUAAUGCAGGACCUGAACUCCACGAACAGCAGCCAGUGGAAUCAGAUCACACCACAAAAGGUUCUGGAGUAUAUAAGAGAGGUCAACUUCACGGCCAAAACUGGGGAGCAGAUCUUCUUUGAUGCAAGUGGGGAUCCAGCUGCAAGGUAUGACCUCAUCAACUGGCAGCAAGCAGAAGAUGGAACUCUAUGGUUUAAAAAAGUUGGCCUUUACGAUAGCUCACAGCCUUCAGAAAAACGCUUUAUCCUGAGUCAUGGACACAUGAUAUGGGCAGGGGAACACAAUCAGAAACCUGUGUCUGUGUGCAGUGAGAGCUGUCCUCUGGGUACUAGAAAAGCUGUACAAAAAGGAAGGCCAGUUUGCUGCUUUGAUUGUAUCUCAUGUGCAGAUGGAGAGAUCAGUAAUGAGACAGAUUCUAAUGACUGCCUUCCUUGUGAUUUGGAGCACUGGUCUAAUAAAAACAGAGACAGAUGUGUAUUUAAAGAGACUGAAUUCCUCUCAUAUACAGAAAUUAUGGGGACAGUGCUUGCUCUUUUUUCAGUGUUUGGUGCAAGUAUUACAAUGCUGGUGUCACUUGUGUUUUUAAUGUAUAAAGACACUCCCAUUGUCAAAGCCAACAACUCAGAGCUGAGCUUCCUCCUCCUCCUGUCACUUAAAUUAUGUUUUCUCUGUUCACUUACAUUCAUUGGUCGGCCCUCUGAGUGGUCCUGCAUGCUACGCCACACAGCUUUUGGCAUCACCUUCGUCCUCUGUAUCUCCUGUGUUCUGGGGAAAACAAUAUUAGUUUUAAUGGCUUUCAGGGCCACCUUUCCAGGCAAUAAUGUCAUGAAAUGGUUUGGGCCCCCACAGCAGAGACUCAGUGUCCUUGCCUUCACACUCGUACAGGUUCUUAUUUGUGUGCUUUGGUUAACAAUAUCACCUCCAUUCCCGUGUAAAAAUAUGAAGCACUACAAAGAGAAGAUCAUUCUAGAAUGUGAUGUGGGUUCAGCUGUAGGUUUCUGGGCUGUGUUGGGUUAUAUAGGACUCCUGGCUGUCCUGUGUUUUGUGUUGGCUUUUCUGGCCCGCAAACUUCCCGAUAAUUUCAAUGAAGCCAAAUUCAUCACAUUCAGCAUGCUGAUUUUCUGUGCAGUGUGGAUUACCUUUAUCCCAGCUUAUGUCAGCUCUCCUGGAAAGUUCACUGUAGCUGUGGAGAUAUUUGCUAUUUUAGCUUCCAGUUUUGCCUUACUUUUGUGUAUAUUUGCACCAAAAUGUUACAUAAUUUUGCUGAAGCCAGAGCAUAACACAAAAAAACAUAUUAUGGGCAAGUCUUCAACAAAGGCCCAUUAA